AGCUCCAUGAACUCGAGAUCCGAAUCAGAUGCAGAUAAAAAUAUUUCAGAAAGAGAACAUCUCGAUCCCGCUUGGAUUCCGUCGACGCUCGUGGCCAUAAUUAAAUCCCAUAUAAUUUCUUCAUCAUCCAAUCCCUCUCGUUCAUCGUUUUCGUUUUCUUCUCCAAAUUCGAUCCCCUCUCUCUCUCUAUUAUAACAAACCCAUCAAUUAUUCCUCUAAUUAUUGUUCUCCAUCAGAGUUGCAGAGAGAUUUUUUUCUUUUUUUUUCUUUUUUGACUAUUAUAAAGGCGUCUCCUUUCUGUUCCCAGUUCACCCACCUCCUUCCUCUGAGCUCAAAGAUGCUUUCUUUACACUCUCUUCCACCAUUCUCGCCCCCAAUCCACAGACCCGCCCGCUUUCAGUCACCUGCACGCUUACCCAACUCAAACCCCGGCGAGCCUAUCCAGCCCAGAUCGGUAGAGCCCGAAGAUGACCCCGUUGAGAACCCCGAAGGAAACGAAGACGAAGACGACGAUGACAGAGAUGACGACGAUUCCGGCGAGCCCAAGGCGGUCGAAAGCUCGGCCUCGGGCUCCAAACCGCAGCUGGCUCUAGUUUUUGGCCUCUGGUACUUUCAAAACGUGAUCUUCAACAUCUACAACAAGAAGGCCCUCAACCUCUUCCCUUACCCGUGGCUGCUUGCUUCGUUCCAGCUCUUUGUUGGGUCUCUGUGGAUGGCGUUUCUAUGGAUUGCCCGAAUCCAGCCGUACCCGAGAGUCAACAAGAAGUUCUUCCUCGCCCUCCUAGUCCCUGCAUUGUUCCACACGAUCGGGCAUAUUUCGGCUUGCGUUUCAUUCUCUAAAGUUGCGGUCUCAUUUACCCACGUCAUCAAAGCCUCUGAGCCCGUAUUUUCGGUUAUUUUCUCCGCGUUUUUUGGCCAACAUUACCCAAUUCAUGUCUGGUUCUCAGUUCUCCCCAUUGUGUUCGGGUGCUCCCUUGCUGUUAUAACUGAGGUUACCUUCAAUGCACAAGGGCUUUGGGGAGCUCUAAUCAGCAAUGUGGGUUUUGUUCUUCGGAACAUUUACUCGAAGCAGAGCCUUUAUAAUUUCAAACACAUCAAUGGGUUGAAUUUAUACGGUUGGAUAUCAAUAAUGAGUCUUGUUUAUUUGUUCCCCGUGGCCGUUCUCGUCGAAGGGAAGCAGUGGGUUGGGGGAUUUCAGAGGGCGGUCGAGUUGUCAAGCAGUCCUUGGAGAUUUUACAGCUGGGUUUUGUUGUCGGGGGUGUUUUAUCAUUUGUACAAUCAGUCAUCGUAUCAGGCAUUGGAUAAGAUUAGUCCUUUGACCUUUUCGGUGGGGAAUACGAUGAAGAGGGUGGUGGUGAUUGUUGCGUCGUUGAUUGUGUUUAGGAAUCCGAUAAGGCCGUUGAAUGCUUUGGGAUCAGCUAUUGCGGUGUUCGGGACGUUCUUGUAUUCGCAGGCGACAACAAUGGGGAAGAACAAGAAGAUAGAGAAGGCGAGCUAAGUGGUACAGCGCGACGCUGCAAGCGAGCCCAAACGAGCUCAGAAACCCCCACCACAAGAACGUCUUCGCAUAGCAUUUUCUCCCCAUACAAACCACCAUCCCAUCGUUAACUACCACAUCCAUGAGCC